AUGACCUCUAUUAUCAGCGCAGGUCGGGACACGGAGGGGCUUGGAAUCGGAAUCGGGCUCGGUAUUCCGAUGGAUGUGGUCAAGCCAGCAUACGGCGAAGGGCUGGGAUUGAUGGCCGAGUCGGGCAUGUGUUGGCCGUACACGGCGCGUCAUCACAGCAGCACCCUGUACCGCGGAGGCACGGCGUACGACUCGUCGCCGACGCUCAGCAGCUCGUCGGCCUCUUCAGACUCGACGCAGGACAGGCGGGUGAUGCACACAUCUGCAACGCACGAUGUAUUGCUCAGCUACCUUUCGCCGGCACUGUCGAAUGCCUCGAGCGACUCGGACGCAGAAGUUGCACCAAAGAAAGUCUACUUGCUCUCGAGCGGGACCAAGAAUCCGGUAUGGAAGCAGAGAAGGUGCCGCUCGGAAACGUUCAAGUUCCCACUGCCACCCAGUGCGCGAAGUAAGAUUGCACCUCUCAAAUCGGCGCUGCGUCCCAGCCAGCGAUCUUCUAUCCAGCAAGUCGGUGCGAGUCCUCCGCUGAGGGUACAUUUGGAUGCAUGGAAGCGCAGGUCCAACCUUUCUCCUGCACUCGAGCAGGCCGAGCCCACGUCGGGCUGGUCGCCGUACUCAUCCCACGCACCCACGCCAAGGCCCGUCUCGCAGGAUCUCACGCACUCCGUCCUCGCCUCGGACGCGCGUCCGCCAUCGUGCAACGCCACCGCCGCUCUUCCAGCGUACUCGCCUCCGGAGCUCACCUCGGCGUCGUCGUGCUCGGACUCGUCGCGCACGCUCGUGAGCGACACGGACGAGUCGGAUGCCGAAGCGUUCGGUGCCGACGCAGCCAAGCUGGCCCGGCUGCACGCAAGCCUCUUUCUGCUCGACCGCAACGUGUCGGAGCUGCCGCUGUCGCUUGCCGACAAGCGCGCCGCAGACUUGGGCGGAUCGGUCGAGGAGAAGAUGGCAUACCUGUGCGGGCUCGGAUACAGGUACAGACGGACGAGCGGGAGGCAUGCGCGCAAGGCGUCGGCUGAGCUGCAGGCUAGCAGGGAGCAAAAGGCCGAUGUGGGCGCGUGGUGGAGCGAGGACGACGAGCCGGCCAAGGGAGAGGUGCAGAGCUACGCGCCCGUGCUGGCAAGGGCGGUGCGCGUGGUGUCAAAUACGGCAAGUGCCGUGACUUCGAGCUGCUCGAGCCCCAUCCUCGCCGGGCCACUAGCCGCCCACACGGAGGAAGUUGAAGGAGAUGUGACGACGCGCCCAAGGAUAGAAGAAGAAGCGCUGGGAGGCGAGUUCAGCUACCUUGUCCAGGAGUCACCCGUGAAAAAGGCAUCGAAAGUCGAGAUGGACUUCGUCAGGGACGCCAACAUGUCUCCGCCGCUCAGCACGCCCGAGCUGGAGCUGGAGCUGGGCGGAUCGCCGCUGCUGCUGGAUGGGCUGCCCUCUCCAAUCGCUCCCAGCCGCACGCCGUAUCGACUCGAGCUGUCUUUCUCUCCACGCACGCACACGGUGGAAGGGAUCUCCGGCUGCCGACCACUCGUCUACAAGUCUGCGCUCCCCUCGAUGCAGACGUCUGAAGUCUCACUCGCUCCUCCAGCCAAAGCAGCCUCGGUGGACCGGACCUCACCUGCUGCGGCUGGACGGGUUGGCAUGUCGACCUCGCAGUCGUGUCCUGCGCUACUGGACGAGGGGCCUGCAACGAUCGAGCGAGCCACACGCGCCGUUGUUGGCGGGUCGGUCCUCGCACGUCCACGACCCGUCCGCGGGCAAGCUGGAUCGUUCUUCUCGCGCGGUUCGGACACACCCAUCGAACCCGCGGUCCCGAUCAUUGCUCGUGCACGACCCGUUCGCGCGGCUGCGGACCACCACUCGUUCACGAGCCAGACGGCGGUGCGCAAGCGCAAGCCCAGCGCCAAGUUGAGCGUGCAAGCCACGGUGCCUGCGUUGCCCGCGGUGCGCGUGCCGCUGCGCAAGAGCUCGCUCGACCUGCGCACGUCGGUGCAUCCCAACACGGUGUGCGACGACCCCCGCGCACAGCGCCUCUACUACUCGUCGGCCACCGCAUAUCUCAGCCAGCCUGUGGCUGACGCUGCCGACGCCGCACGUGCCCGUCGCAACCGCCCAACGUUGCCCAGCUCCACAUCCAUGCCUGUCCUCACCCCCGCCGCUGCACGUCCACUCAAGGGCAUCCUGCUCAACCACCGUGCCACUGUCAACUCCGCUCUCUGA